CACCCAGGACGCUUCUUGAUUGGCCCACGCCACUUUCUAGGUUCCGAGCCACCAUCCACACAACUGCGUUUCGAGGGGCUCCGCCCAAAGAGCGUGACAAGGCGCGCCCACCCAAGAAAAGAGGUCAUUGGCCUUUGACUUGAACAAGGGCGGGCGCGGCAGAGAACCGCAGCAUUUGUACUUCAGAAACAGGCCCCAAACCGGAGCCACGGAGAGAGCCGAAGGCCGCCGCAAAAAGCCGAAUAGAACCGGAAAGAGCCGAGUACGCACGGGAAAGCGCUGGCCAGCCGGAAGCGAAGUCGAGCGCGGCCGGAAGGAGCCGAGCCCGCCCGAAGGGAGCUGAGCACCGCUGGGCGUUGGGCCCGGUGGAGUCCAUGCCAUGGCUGCGGAGGGGGCAGCUGUGGCCGGAGGUGGGGCUGCCGGUGGCCACCUGGCCAAGGACAGCUUGCGGCAGUCUAAGUGCCAGGACGCGACCCCGAACCGACGGCGUGCCUCGUCGCUGUCUCGUGACGCUGAGCGCCGAGCCUAUCAGUGGUGCCGGGAGUACCUGGGCGGGGCCUGGCGUCGAGUGCGGCCCGAGGAGCUGAGGGUUUGCCCCGUGAGUGGAGGCCUCAGCAACCUGCUGUUCCGCUGCUCGCUCCCGGACCACCUGCCCAGCGUUGGUGAGGAGCCCCGCGAGGUGCUGCUACGACUGUAUGGGGCCAUCCUGCAGGGUGUGGAUUCCUUGGUCCUAGAAAGUGUGAUGUUUGCCAUCCUUGCAGAGCGGUCGCUGGGGCCCCAGCUCUAUGGAGUCUUUCCAGAAGGCCGGCUGGAACAGUAUCUCCCAAGCCGGCCAUUGAAGACUCGAGAGCUUCGAGAACCAGUGUUGUCAGCAGCCAUUGCCACAAAGAUGGCCCGCUUCCAUGGUAUGGAGAUGCCUUUCACCAAGGAGCCCCACUGGUUGUUUGGGACCAUGGAGCGGUACUUAAAGCAGAUCCAGGACCUGCCUUCCACUGGCAUCCCCCAGAUGAACCUGCUGGAAAUGUACAGCCUGAAGGAUGAGAUGGGCAUCCUCAGGAAGUUGCUAGACUCUACUCCAUCACCAGUGGUCUUCUGUCAUAAUGACAUCCAGGAAGGGAACAUCUUGUUGCUCUCUGAGCCAGAAAACGUCGACAACCUCAUGCUGGUUGAUUUUGAGUACAGCAGUUAUAACUACAGGGGCUUUGACAUUGGGAACCAUUUUUGUGAGUGGGUUUAUGAUUAUACUCAUGAGGAAUGGCCUUUCUACAAAGCACAACCCACAGACUACCCCAAUCGGGAACAGCAGCUCCAUUUUAUUCGCCAUUACCUGGCAGAGGUAAAGAAAGGCGAGACCCUCUCUCUAGAGGAACAGAGAAAAGCAGAAGAAGAUUUGCUUGUAGAGGUCAACCGGUAUGCUCUGGCAUCUCAUUUCUUCUGGGGUCUGUGGUCCAUCCUCCAGGCAUCCAUGUCCACCAUAGAAUUUGGUUACUUGGAGUAUGCCCAGUCUCGGUUCCAGUUCUACUUCCAGCAGAAGGGGCAGCUGACCAGCUUCCAUCCAUCAUCCUGACUGUCUGACCCCCACUCCUGGCUUUCUCCUGGAGCUUCCAGGGCAGGACCUUGGAGGGAUAAAAGCCAGGAUGCCUUGGAGACUGGGCUGUGCCCCAAAGUGAGACUGGUUGAGAAGGAUGACCUCUCCCCCAGUUUGAGUAGGUUCCCAAGGCGGGCAGGUGGGAGUUCCUGAGCUGUGUACCUUAAUAAAUGAGCUUCUCCUUCAUACC